GUCGACUUUUAACUAACUUCAUGUCAAAACGUCUAGCGCAUUGAAUACAAAUACACGAUCUGUUUGAUUAUCAUUGGUAUAUACAUAAAGAAACAAAUAAAAAAUUUGAUACCGCUUCUAUACCGAAUAUUUUCAUAAUUAGAAAUAGCUAUCUUAAACUGAUUCGAUUUAGUUUGUGUUCAGUGUGUGAUGAUUAGCAACAGCGACCAUGUCGCAUAAAGGAAUUUUUGAGGAUUCAGAUAAAUUUAGUGAAGAAUCGGGUGAAGAUUUUUCGGCCAGUGAAGAAGAAUGGGCACCAGGAAAAGAUGAUAAGCCUUCGGAUGAUGAUGAUGAUGACGAUGACAUUGAUGUAGGUCAGGACUUCAGCGACGACGACGAAGUUGAUGAUGAUGAGCCCAAAAGUAAAAAAGGCAAAAAAUCAAAAGCGACAAAAAAGAUUACAAAGACGUCAAAAUUGAACACAUCGACGAAUCGUCGUCAAACGGCAUCGCUUCGAUCGAAAUUGUUCCGUCGAUACAAUCCACCACCAAAAACCGGUCCCAAAUCACCCGUUCCAACGAAGGUGGCCGAUAUAUUAUCCGGUUCACAAUAUACGAAACGCAAGCAAAUGCCGUCCGCAUCAACAUCGACAUCGGGUUCGACACAAGCAUCAGCCAUGCAAAGUGAUUCAGAGAGCAGCGAAGAUGAGGGUUUGGUAAAUCCAAACGAAAUUGAUUUCAACUCCGAAUUUUUUGAUGUAAAAACAAACAAAGCAGCAACUCAACAACAACAAGAUGUUGCGCCCACAUUUGAUUGCAACGCUGGAAUGCAUUUGUCCGAUUCGUCCGAUGAAGAUGGCGAAGAUUUUGCGGAAGUGGCACCCGACACGAAUACGGAUUCAGCCAAAAAACCAUCGAUUGUUGAUCAGAUUAACAAGAAAUCAUCGAGCGAAAUGCAUGACUUCAGUAGUUUGCAAACGUUUGCCAAGAAUCUGGAAUCGGCCAAAGCCCAAUUGGCAAAGUUGAAAGACAAGGAAGCAAGGACAUCCAAGAACAGCACAGACGAAUCUGAUAUCACAAAGUUGUUGUCACUUGGCGAAGGAGGUGCAAAGGUGUCCACACCAUCCAGUCGAAAGCGUAAAAACAAAGAUGACCGACAACAUUCGGAUGACUCGGAUUGGGAAAAUGUUUCAGAUGAUGAUGGCCGCCAUGCGCGUGAAAUAAAAGACAUACAAAUCACGGUGGGCAAUGAAGUGGCUCGUGGUAUGACGCGUGAUCAAAAGAGAGCCAUCGAUUUGGAGGCAUGCCUGAAGCGUCGCUUGAAUCGUGACAUUAAAGAAAAGCAAGUAUUUUUACAUAAAUCCAGCGUUCUGUGUUGGAUUGCACACGGCAGCUACAUCAAUCGUGUGUUGAACAACAUGAAAUUGAUGGAAAUGUGCCUGAAGCGAUUGCCAUCGAAAAAUGCAUAUCCAAAAGGUGACACCGAUAUCAAGUAUUUUCACAUGGUCACGGAAUGGUUUAGCACCACCUUCGAUUUGAAAUCCACAAAGCAAUUUUGCGAUCUGAAGCGUCUUCCGCCCAAAACAUUUUCACUCGCGCUGCAAAUCCAAUCGAAAAAAGUCAUCAGCAAAUGUGACUAUGUACUACUAUUUGUCACAAUGCUACGGUCACUUGGUUUGCAGUGCCGGUUGGUUAUCAAUUUCGCGGUGCCACCACUGCGACCGCCACAAAAGGAUCUGUUUGUCGUUUCAUCAAAACCCAAAGACACUGCCGAUGCCAAAUCAAAUGAGACCAGCAAAGGUGAAUCAAAAACCAAAUCUAGUGAAUCAAAAAGUUUGGCCAAAAAGAUUAAGGUGUCAACCGAAAAGAUGAAAAGUUCAUUCAAAGAAGAGAAAAAACCCAGCAAAAGCAAAAAGCUCGAAAAAGUGAUUGAAACCAAACCGAGCAAAUCGUCAAAAUCCAGAAGUAAUGCAGCCGCCAAAACCGAUCAUCCAUAUGCCGAUGUUCCACCGAUUAAGAAAGUCAAAGUAAAUAUGUCACAAAUGUCUGAGUCGUUCAUUGAAAAAAAUACUACAGUACCGACAUCACAAAGUGGUCAUAAAAAAUCAUCAACCAUCACGAAGGAUUCACCGCAUUCAUCGCCCAGCAAAUCAAAGAAAACGGAAAGUAGCGAUACAAGCAAAAAAUCCAAUAAAAUUGUUGCAGUGAGUCCAAAAAUCAAUGGCAAAGUGACAAAAUCCAAUGAAAACGGUAAUGCAGCGCCAUCACCAGGUGGCUCAAACAAACACAGUCAAUCUAUCAAACCGAGCCAAGUAUUAAUCGGAACGCCAACCAAACAUAAGCUGCUCGCACGAACAAAUAGUACAGAUGUGUCAUCUAAUACAUUUGCGGUGUUGAAGGAUAAACCGACUAAAAAGAUUAUCGCUGUCACAACGACCACAUAUUCGCCGCGAAAAACGCGUUCGAAAACGGUGCGAAAUGUUGAUGUCACGGAGGCGUCCAGAGCAAGAACCAAACUAAAACUGCCACAGUUGGAUGGUGCCGAUGAUAUUCCACAGAAGAAAAAAGCCAAAGCCAAAGCCAAACCUCGGCCCAAACACAAUGAUUGUUCGAACAGCGACAGUGACUUUGCACCGUCACCACCGAAACGGGUACGCGCCAAAAUUACGCCACAAAAACCAGUAAAUAAAAUUCUGACUAAAGCCAAACAAAUCGAUCGCCGUGUAUUUUCCACCGAUGAAGAAAUCGAAGAUGAUUCCACUGCAAAUCGCAUGAACUUUUGGGUCGAAGCCUAUGCCGAAAAGGAGAAGAAAUGGGUAGUCAUUGAUCCCGUCAAAAAGAAGGUCGAUUGUGUGGAUUAUGUUCGUAAAAAUGCAUCGAAGCCAAUAAUCUAUGUCCUUGCUUGGAACAAUGACAAUACGAUUAGAGAUGUUACACCACGUUAUUGCUCCCAAUUUCACACAUCGACCCGAAAGCUGCGUGCCGAGCAAUUAUGGAUUGAUGAAGCAUUGGAUAAAUUGCUUGAAAAUCGAAAUCCACGCACCAUAAUUGAAGAUGUUGAAUUCAGCAAAAUGCACAUGGACACACCAAUGCCAAAAUCGAUCAAUGAAUUUAAGGAUCAUCCAUUAUACGCGCUCGAGCGUCACUUAUUGAAAUUUGAAGCAAUCUAUCCGUCAAAUGCACUCACCUUGGGCUACAUUCGGAAUGAGCCAAUCUUUGCCCGAGAAUGUGUUCAUACAUUGCAUUCGCGCGAACUAUGGGUGAAACAGGCGCGAACAGUGAAAAUUGGCGAAAAACCGUACAAAAUUGUUAAGGCACGCCCGAAAUGGAAUCGUGUCUUGAAUCAAAUGGAAGAAGCCAAACCGUUGGAAAUUUUUGGUUUUUGGCAAACCGAAGCGUACAAACCGCCGGUAGCGGAAAAUGGUAUGGUGCCCCGGAAUCCAUAUGGGAAUGUUGAAUUAUUCAAGCCGGAAAUGUUGCCGAUCGGAACACGGCACAUUCAAUUGCCGAAUUUGAAUCGUGUUUGCAAGAAAUUGGGCGUGGACUGUGCACAGGCGGUGAUUGGAUUUGAUUUCCAUGGCGGUAGUUCACAUCCAACGUUUGAUGGUUUUGUCGUUUGUGAAGAAUUCGCUGAUGAUGUCAUCAAACAAUGGGAAAUCGACCAAGAGGAACAGAUUCGCAAGGAAACCGAGAAGCGUGAGGCACGCGUGUUUGGCAAUUGGAAGAAGCUGAUCAAGGGUUUGUUGAUUCGGGAACGACUCAAGCGUAAAUUCAACUUUGGCGCCGAUGAAAAUGCCGACAAGACGCAUGGCAAGAAACGCAAGAAGGAAUGAGCCACGUAAACCAUUCAUUCCCCACUCAUAGCGCUCAUCCAAAGCAUGUCAGAAAUCAAAAUUAAAUUUCGUUACACUCAGGAAGAUUAUAAUUAAAUAUCCGCUAAGUAUUUUUUUUCAUAAAUGAGAUUCGUUGAUUAUUUUUCCGUAUUUUUUUUUAUAACUGUUGUUGAACAUUGUGCAUCUUGUUGUACCACAAUUCAUUCUAAAUGUUUUUCGUUGCAUUUUGUAUAAAUCGUUUUCUAUCCCGUUUUUUUCUAUGCAUUUUUCUCACAAAAUUAUUAAUUGCCGAAAAUCAAAGAAAAUAAAGCAACAGCAAACCGA